AUGAAGACUCCAGUCACAGCUCCGUUCGGCCAAUGGAAGAGCCCAAUCAGCUCUACCUUGCUUGGUGCUGACGGUGUUCUUUUUGAAUCGGUCGCGACAUCCAAUGGAAAGGUCUAUGUCGUUGAGGGCCGACCCAAAGAAGAGGGCCGAGGCUGCAUUGUCGAUUACUCUGGCCCUGAGGCGCACGAUAUCUUACCUACGAAUUAUGAUGCUGGUACCAAGGUUCAUGAGUAUGGCGGCGCCUCGAUGAUCGCUUUCAAUGGGUAUAUUGUCUUUACCGAUCGAAAGGCACAAGAUCUCCAUAGACUUGAUCCCUCGACUGGCCAAGUGGAGCAGAUCACCAAGACUGACGCUGCCCUUCGCUAUGCUUGUACAUCCGCUACAGGCUCUUUGGCAGACGAGCAGCCUGGAUGGCUCUUGGCGAUCGAAGAAGACCACUCCAAGCCCUCGCCAUCAGAAGUGCGUAAUCGACUUGUAGCGGUCAACCUGCAAACCAAGGAAAUUGUCAAUGUCGCCUCCGGUGAUGAUUUCUAUAGCGCUGCUCAAUUUUCCCCCGAUGGCAGCAGGGUAUGUUGGACCCAGUGGUCUCAUCCAGAUAUGCCAUGGACAGGAGCCCGCUUGUAUGUGGCCAAAUGGAACAAUGGUGAGGUCGCAGACGUUCACCUUCUGGCUGGUGCUCCUGAGAAAGAGAGUGUUAGUCAGCCACGAUGGGGUGUUGAUAACACAUUGUAUUACACAAGCGAUGUUUCAGGCUAUUGGCAGCUCUACAGAUGUCAUAUUGACACACUACGAUCCGAAAGGGUAGCCCUUGAUGGCCUGGAAGAUGUGGACUUCUCGCAGCCUGAUUCGCGUUUGGGAAACUGCACAUACGUCGGACUGACCCAAACAUCCAUGAUUGCGUCGUACACAAAAAACGCUCGUUGGAGUUUCAUACUGAUUGAUCUGUCCAACGAUUCAUGGCAGGAGAUGAACAUACCGGUGACGGAUACGAUCAUGUUGGCAGAUACUCCACUGUCGGAAACUAAGAUCGCCCUUCUUGGCUCAAGUGAGACAAGCUUGAACACUUUGUUCACUUUGGACAUCGCCGAAACCGCCAAGCUCGAUGCGCUCAAAGUAACUUCUGAGUUCCGCAUGCCAGUCUCCCUAAUCUCGAAGCCGGAGCAUUUUUCCUUCCCAAGAGUACAUGGUGAGCACCUGGAAGGGAAGGCGCAUGCCAUCUUCUACCCACCUCAGAACCCAGAUUACCAGGCACCUUCCGGCACAUUGCCACCUCUGAUUGUGUGCCUUCAUGGCGGGCCAACGUCUCAAACCGGAACUGGGCUGAACAUUACGGACCAAUAUUGGACUUCUCGAGGUUAUGCUGUUGUCUGGGUGAACUAUGGAGGUAGCUCCGGUUACGGCCGAGCAUACCGGGAUAUUCUGAAUGGGCAAUGGGGAGUCCUGGACACAGCCGAUACUGCUAGCUGUGUGUCAUACCUAGCAUCGAGCGGUCGAAUCGAUCCUAACGGUGUGGGCAUACGGGGCGGAAGCGCAGGUGGCUACAUCGUACUCCAGGCCCUUUGCGAUUACCCCAGUCUCUUUGCAGGCGGCAAUUCGUUGUAUGGGAUUGGCAAUGUCAGGGCUCUCUGUGAAGAUACCCAUAAAUUCGAGAGCCACUACGCAUUCGCCCUAUUGUUUGAGCCCGGUGCGAGCGAAGACGAUAAAGCCCGCAUCUUCCGUGAGCGUAGUCCUUGCUUCAAGGCAGACAAAAUCACCGCGCCAUUGUUGUUGCUUCAAGGAGACAUGGACCGGGUUGUUCCUCUGAACCAGGCAGAGGAAAUGGUCGAGGUGAUGAAGAAAGCUGGUCGAGAAGCUAAACUGGUCAUUUUCCGAGGGGAAGGUCAUGGCUUUAGGCAGGCGAAGAGUCGAAUAGACGCCGUGGAAGAAGAGGAGAAGUGGUGGAAGAAAGCUUUGUUGGGAAUGGGGGAAUAG